AUGGAGAUUAUGUUCAUAAAGUUGAAAACUCGGUUGAAAACUCAUAAAGUUGAAAACUCGGUUGCAAGAGAUUUUGUAAAUGUGACGGUGUAUGUCUCUAAUCUAUGGGAUGAUGUACAAAAUGCUUCUGUCUCUAAUUUUUAUAUACUCAAUGGAAAAGCUGAAUACCUUGUUGGAAACAUUGUUACUCCAUUGGUGAAAGGAAAACUUAUUGCAAUAAUACCAAAACUAGACAGAGAGUAUUUAGUUUCAUUUGAUGUUUAUCUUAAUACAAAUUUUGAUUAUUGGCAAAGUGUUAUUCAUUUUACUAUUGGUAAAGAUUAUAGUAAACCUGGGGAUAGAACUCCUGCAAUUUAUUUUUGUGAUUAUUACGGUCUACAAAUUAAUUUUCCACGUAAUGAUAUUAAAGCAAUUCAAAUCUAUGCAAGUUUAAAAUUAAAGUUGUGGACAAAAAUAGAAGUAUAUCAAUUUACAUUGAACAAAACAUCAUCUAUAAUCACAUGUAGAAUAAAUGGAGAUGUUAUCUAUUCAGAAAUAAACAAUCAACCUGUAAGUUUUAACAGUGUUAAAGUAUAUGCCUCUGAUCCGUGGACAAGUGUUCUAGAUGGCUCUAUAAAAAACUUGUUCGUCAUCAAUGGUGUUUCAAGUAGUGAAACACAACCCAUUAUUAUGCUUCCAACAGAUCAUAUAAACCAUAAAAUGGAGUUUGCUGUUGUUGGAGGUUUGUUUCUGGGAACUCUUUAUGAUUUGAAGAAGGUGUACAGUGUUUCUUUUAAUAUAAAACCAACAGUUUUCUCUAAAGGUUUAAAAAAUGUUCUUUACCUAAAUAUGGUCAACAAUAGUAACCUUAAUGUAGGUAAAAGUUUGGGUAUUUGGUUUCAUGAAGAUGGCUCAGGAAAGCUUGUAAUAAGUGGUUAUCACAACAACUGCAUUGAAACACAACCUCUGAUGUUAGGUCACUGGUCCAAUAUCAAAAUAUACCAAAGUUUUCGUGAUAAUUCAUUUUGGUUUACUGUUAAUGUGAAUGGAGUUAAUAUUCAUAAAAGUGAAAAUAUUGCACCUGAAGAUUUUAAAAAUGUGAAAGUUUAUGCAUCUAAUUCUUGGGAUAAUGCACAAAAUUGUUUGAUUUCUGAUCUUCUUAUUUUUAAUGGAAAACCUGAGUAUCUUGUUGAUAAUAUCGUAACACCUUUAGUGAAAGGAAAAGUUGCUGCUUUGAUACCAAAGCUAGAUAAAGAAUAUUUAAUUGUUUUUGAUAUUAUUCCUGGACAAUAUUUGCUUGGUUUGCAUAGUGUUAUUCAUUUCACAAUUGGAGGUAAUAUGGAGAGAUAUGGUGAUAGAAGUCCAGCUAUCUGGUUUUCAGAUGAUGGUAAAGGACUACUUUUAAUUGCUUCAGCGAUUAGCAGUAACUUAAAUAGGUUUUUUUACACCAGUUCAAUCCAUAAUUAUUCAUGGUCCAACAUUGAUAUAUCUCAAAAUUUACAACAUGAUGAUUAUGUUUACACAAUCAGAAUAAAUGGAGAAGUUGUCUAUUCUGUUAUUAACUACCAACCUGAGUUUUUUAAUAAUAUCAAAGUUUAUGCUUCAAAUCCAUGGGACAAAGUUCAAGACGGGUCAAUCAAUAAUUUUUUUGUUGUCAAUGGUAAUUCAAAUAAUGAAGCACAACCAAUUAUUAUUCUUCCAGCAGAAUAUAUUUACCAAAAAGAAGUUAUUCUUACUCAAGGGUUAAUACUUGGAAUGCUUUAUGUAUUAAAGAAAGUGUAUACAGUGUCAUUUAGUUUAAAACCAAUAACUUAUUCCAAGGGUUUAAAAAGUGUUUUUCUCUUAACCUCGAAUAACAACAGCAAAGUUUAUGACAGUGGAAGUCUAAGUGUAUGGUUUCAUGAAGAUGGCUCUGGAAAAAUUUACAUUUGCUCUGAAAUCAAUGGUAAUCGUAACUACAAAGUUGAAACAAAACCGCUUAGUUUAGACUCAUUAUACAGUAUCAAAAUAUCUCAAUAUUUGCAGAGCAAUAAGUAUUGGUUUACUAUCGAUAUAAACGGAGUUAAUAUAUUUAAAGUAGUUAAUUCUGAUGCUAGAGAUUUUAAAAACAUGAGAGUUUAUGCUUCUAAUCCUUGGGAUUCUGUGCAAGACUGUGUUAUUACUGACCUUUUUAUUAUCAAUGGGAAAGCCGAAUAUAUUGUUGGCAGUAUACCCACUCCAUUAGUAUAUGGGAGUAUUGUUGCUAAGAUACCAUAUCUUGAUAAAGUAUACUUCAUUUCAUUAGAUGUUUAUCCUAAAAAGUUUGCUAGCAGUCGACAUAAUGUCAUUCAUUUCACAAUUGGUUCUGAUCAAUUUAAAUAUGGAGAUAGAGUUCCAGGUGUAUGGUUUGAUAAUGAUGGUAUUGGAAAGCUUUAUAUUGCUGCACCAAUUAAUGGUAACCUUGACUCAUCUUUUGUUACAAACCCAAUCAAUUUAGAUAUAUGGUCAAAUAUUAGGAUAUCUCAGUUUUACAAUGGAUCGUUUUAUGUAUAUACAAUUAUUCUUAAUGAAGAAUGUGUCCACACACAAGUUAACAAUAAACCUGAAAGUUUUAGUGAUGUCAAAGUAUAUGCAUCAGAUCCAUGGUCGAUUGCACAGGAUGGUUUAAUAAAGAACUUGUUUAUUAUUAAUGGGGAUUCAAGUAAUGAAUUACCACCUGUUGUUUUUAAUUCAGUUUCGUCACCUACUUUUAGUUCUAAUUCCACUUCAAGUACCAAAAAAACUCUUAUUAUUGCAAUAGCAGCUUCUGUAUCAACUCUGUUUAUUAUUUUACUAUCUGUUGUUAUAAUAAAAAUUUAUAGAAAAAAGGUCGAAUCAAUUCAACAAUCAAAAAAAUGGGAUUUCAUAUAUAAGUCCAACUUAAAUUGUGAUCAACUAUCAGCUGAUGAUUGGGAAAUAUUUCCUGAGAACUUCACUUUAGUCAAAAAAAUUGGUGAAGGGGCAUUUGGUACAGUUUUUGCUGCAACAAUUAAUUCUGAGUUUCUUUCAAAACGAAAGAGUAUGUACCAGAAACCAGAAACUGCUUCACUUGGUGUUACAGAAUCAGCUAAAGUUGCUGUAAAACUUUUGAAAGAUUCUGCUGACCAAACAGAAUAUAAUGAUUUUUAUGAAGAAAUAAAUCUAAUGAAAGGAAUUGGGUAUCAUAAAAAUAUUGUAAACAUGAUUGGUUGUUCAACAAGUACUAAACCAUUAUGUUUAAUUGUUGAGCUCAUGGAGAAUGGAGAUUUGUUGAAUUAUUUGAGAAAGAGACGCACUAAAACAACUGUAUGUGAAAAUCAAUUUUCGAAAUGUAUGCCAAAUGAGAUUCCUUUAGACGAAAUAAGAAUCAUUACGCCAGAAGAUUUACUAAGUUUUGCAUGGCAAGUGGCUUCGGGAAUGGAAUAUCUUUCAUGUAUCAAUCUAGUGCAUCGAGAUCUUGCUGCAAGGAAUAUAUUGGUUGGUGCUGAAAAAAACAUAAAAAUAUCUGAUUUUGGCUUGACACGUAAAGUCAACGAUGAGUUGAAUUACAUGAGCAACAAAAAUCGUCGUUUACCAGUUAAAUGGAUGUCAGUUGAAGCCAUAUUUGACCAAAUGUUUACAUCGUACAGUGAUGUAUGGGCGUACGGUGUUGUUUUGUUUGAAAUUGUUACGCUAGGAGGUACACCAUAUCCUUCAAUAAGUAACCGUGAACUUCUUGCUCUUUUAAAGUCCGGUUACAGGAUGGAUCGACCGGAAAAUUGUUCGGAGACUAUGUACGAUAUCAUGUUACAAUGUUGGAAUGAAGAUCCAUUAAAACGACCUUCUUUUACCGAGUUACGUGAGUUUUUUGAUGAUAAAUUAUCUCAAGGCGAUUGUUAUUUUAACUUUGAAAUCGAAAAAAGUGCUUAUUAUAACGUUGUCCUGUUAAACAAUCUAUCCCCUGAAACAGAUAAUAAUGUUCUGGAAGAAGAACUUUCCUUGAAAAAGGAGGCCGUUAUAUUAAUUGAACAAAACAAAAAGCUUAACAAUGAACAAAUUUUGUCGUCGAAUGAAAGAUACACAAUUUCAGAAUCUUUGAAAAAUGAUCUACAGGUUUAAUUAUUUAUGCUUUUAAAGAUGCGGUAUCAGGAAAAUUAGUUUUCAGGAAAUUUUUCAUGUAUUUUUAAUACAUUCUUAAUUACACAUUAGUUAAUAAAUAUAUAUUUACAACUACUAAUUAAGAUACAUACAAAGUAAGGAAGACUUUCUUUUUUUAGUUUUUAUUUAUAUGUUUAUUAAAAUCUUAGCAAACUUGUCGCAUAA